GUUCAGGCGCACGUCAGUCUGAAGUGAUACUAGUGCGGAGCCGCUACAAACUCCAACUCCAUCAGUGAAGAGAGAGCAAAGCAGGACGGGAGGAAAAUGCUGCGGGUCUCCAGCGCCGGGACCGGCUGAGCGGCUCAGACUGAUCGAUAAGCAGCGGAAGGAAGACACUGCUGAUAAACGCCACUCGCAUUGACCAGCUUGCGACCGAGCGGACAUCUGAGUUCUCCGUGGUGUGCCAGCCCUCUGUGGUCUCUCCAUGCCUCCUUCUCCUCUAGACGACAGAAUUGUGGUGGCGCUGCCAAGGCCUAUACGACCUCAGGAACUCCGACUCCGCCUGGACACCAGCUACCUGGAAACCACCGUGGGCACCGUCGGUCAGUCGACGGUCAUCAGCAGCACCACCGUGGUGAAGAUCCAGGCGUAUAUGCCCUCGUCCAGCGGCUCCACGCGCUCGCUGACGUGUGGAUGCAGCAGUGCCAGCUGUUGCACGGUGAGCACCUACGAGAAGGACGGCCAGGUCAGCGCCAGCAGCCCUAACCUGAACUCCGGAGUGGGCUAUGGCGUCCCCACGGAGGCCUACAGUGCUCCCAGUCUCACCUCCGGCCUGAGCAGGGGCGGCAUGCGGGUCAUCCACCCCAACGAACUGGCCAAGAAGCUGACGCAUUGCCCGCUGGGCCACCCGGUGGGGCCGGUGCCCGUCAUCAUCGACUGCCGGCCCUUCAUGGAGUUUAACAAGAGCCACAUCCGAGGCGCCGUGCACAUCAACUGCUCGGACAAGAUCAGCCGCCGACGGCUCCAGCAGGGCAAGAUCACCGUCCUGGACCUCAUCUCCUGCCGGCAGAGCAAGGACUCCUUCAAGGGGAUUUUUUCCAAAGAGCUGGUGGUGUACGACGAAAGCACGGUGGACCCGGGCCGGCUGACGCCGUCUCAGCCUCUGCAUGUGGUUCUGGAGUCCCUGCGGAGGGAAGGAAAGGACCCUAUCGUUCUUAAAGGAGGCCUCGCUGGUUUCCGACAGAGCCACGAUGAUCUGUGCGAGCACUCUCUUCACCUGGAAGGACAGGACGGCGGUACCGCGGUGGGCCUGUCGGGGGCGCUACCUCAUUCCCUGCCCUCCACGCCGGACAUCGAGAACGCAGAGCUGACGCCAAUCCUCCCCUUCCUGUACCUGGGCAACGAGCGGGACGCUCAGGACCUGGAGCUCAUGCAGCGCAUGGACAUCGGCUUCAUCCUGAACGUCACCACGCACCUGCCGCUCUACCACUACGAGCUCGGCCUGUUCAAGUACAAGCGCUUACCCGCCACCGACAGCAACAAGCAGAACCUGCGGCAGUACUUCGAGGAGGCCUUCGAGUUCAUCGAAGAGGCGCACCAGGCCGGCCGGGGGCUCCUCAUUCACUGCCAGGCCGGCGUGUCGCGCUCCGCCACCAUCGUCAUCGCCUACCUGAUGAAACACACCUGGAUGACCAUGACAGACGCCUACAAGUUCGUCAAGUCCCGGCGGCCCAUCAUCUCGCCCAACCUCAACUUCAUGGGCCAGCUUUUAGAGUUCGAGGAAGACCUGAACAACGGCAUCACUCCGCGCAUACUCACGCCCAAACUCACCGGCCUCGAGACCGUCGUAUAGCGGCUCCUUUCCAGACGGAAUAUCCUUGGUUUUUGGAUGAGGCGCGCAUGAGGAAAACAAAACGUCCCGUCGAUGUUCAGCCAAACACUGUGCUGCGGUCAUACGACGGCUCUUGGCCGCUGGUGCUGGCUAAAGCCCCCAGAGGAGGCUGGAUUUCACUCGUUUCAAUGUACUUACUCUAUUUUUAUACACCUAAGGUGGCUUCACUGUGCAAUAACGUCUGUGUGGAAAGCAGCCGGGUACGUGAUGUGUACAUAACGAGAGCGAGACUUUCGGUCCACCUGGUUAGUCGCGUACUUUUGUGUUUUUCUUACGUUUAGGCACUAAUUUAUGACAUUUAAAACCAGCUUUGUACACUACCAGUCAAACGUUUUUGAACGGUAUGAUUUUUUAAAGAAGUCUCUUCUGUUCAACAAGCCUGCAUUUAUUUGAUCCAAAGUGCAGUAAAAUUUUAAAACAUUUUUACUAUUUAAAAUAACUGCUUUCUAUUUGAAUAUAUUUUAAAAUGUAAUUUAUUCCUGUGAUUUCAAAGCUGAAUUUUUAGCAUCAUCUGAUCCUUCAGAAAUCAUUCUAAUAUUCAGAUUUGCUGCUCUAAAAAAAAAAAAAAAAAACAUUUAUUAUUAUUAUACAGCCGAGUAGAUUUUUUUUUUCAGGUUUCUUUGAUGAACAGCAGUAUAGUGUAUAAUGUUACAAAAGCUUUUUAUUUCAGAUAAAUGCUGAUUUUUGGAUCUUCCUAUUCAUCAAAGAAUCCUGAAAAAAAUGUACUCAACUGUUUUAAAUAUUGAUAAUAAUAUUUUAAAAAUGUUUCUUGAGCAGCAAAUCAGCAUAUCAGAAUGAUUUCUGAAGGAUCAUGUGACUCUGAAAACUGCAGUAAUGAUGCUGAAAAUUCAGCUUUGGUCACAGAAAUAAAUUACAUUUUAAAAUAUAUUCAAAUAAGAAAGCAGUUAUUUUAAAUAAAAAAAAUAUUUCACAAUUGUACUACUUUUGCUGUAUUUUGGAUCAAGUAAAUGCAGGCUUGGUGAGCAGAAGAGACGUCUUUAAAAACGUUUGACUGGUAGUGUAUAUGUUCAGAUGCUUGUUUGUGUAUUUAUGUCUUUAGUAUCGCUGACAAUCAGAACAAACCUCAUUUGAAUGUCCUUUAAAAAUAACCGAUUGCAUGAUUACGACAAGAUGAAAACGAACCUAUAUUACUAUUAUAUUAUCAUUGAAAUAUAGCUAAAAUCAUUUGCUUGAGAAUCAACGAGCUGUUUUUUUAUUUGUUUGCACUGACCGUUUUCAUAUUAGUUUGUUCAGCGUUGCACAUUCGGUCUGUUUCUGCUUCUGUAAGUGUGUGUUUGUGUGAAUGGGAUCGGUAUCUAACGUAUAUGACGCUUGUAUGUUUUUGGGCUUCACUGUGUUUAACGGUUCAACUCUCUCAUGACCUCAAACUGGCCAGAAAGAUGGAUGGAUGCUUGUGAAGUUCAGCUUUUUGCGCACACGUAAGAAUCGUGCCUCUAUUGGUGCCUUAACUCAUUUUUUGUGAUUUUUUUUUGAGUGUGUGAAAAGGUAACGGCUUUAAACCGGAGCACGAGGUGUUUCUGUGUGUUUUGAAGAGUCAAAAGGUUGAUUUUUAUCGUGAUUAAGUGUCGUUUUAAAUCACACGGUAUGUUCUUUUGUCUCAUAACAGAACUGAAACGCUGUGAAAUAUCAAAACUCUGGGCUCGUCUAAAUGUGUACAAGAGGACAGUUUAUUAUUCUUCACCUGGACUCUGUCAAUCUUCACAAUUAAGGGUUUUUCUAAAUAGUACAUUUUAGUUUUUCAGCUUUACACAAACCUCCUGCACUUACGGCCGUACGAUUUUGAAAACUUGCAUAUUACUGCUUUUGUUGAACUAAAACAAGUAGUGCUCUUAGAAAAGCAACUAGAAAUUUUACCUUGAAUGGUUUCAGUGAAAUUGUUUCCCUAUAUUUGUAAUAUAUAUAUAUAUAUAUAUAUAUAUAUAUAUAGCUAUAAGUAUUGAAAAUUUGACAAAGCAAGCGACUUUAUAGUAAUAUAUAGUAAUAAGUGACGUAAUAUUUAAGAGAUCCUUACAGUCAAUAAAAUCAGACUUUAUUAUUAUUAUUAUUAUUAUUAUAAAAACCCAACCAGCACACUUAUUAUUCUAACUCACUACUGAUCAGGCCAUUAGAAAUGAUUAAAAAUGAUUAUAUUCAAAGCAGUAGAUCAGACACUGUGCCAGUAUCAGAAAACAACCUACUCGUUCACUUUUUUCUCUUUCUUAGUUUUUAUUGCAGCUUCAACACAUGGAAGCUUUUUUUUAUUUAUGUCAGUAUUUCAAGAUAUAAACUCAGAACUGCAAGAAAAGAAGCUACAAUUGGCUUUUCUUUUUUAUUCUCAGGCAGAAACAGAGAACAGAAUUGUGAGAUGUAAACUGUAAAUUCUGAGAAAAAAGUCAGAAUUAUUAGUUUAUAUCCUGUUUAUAAUUCUAAGUUAUCUAUCUUCUUUUACUCAAUUUUUUUUAAUUUUUUUUUUUUUUUUUUUUUUUUUAUUCCAUGGUGGAAUAAUAAAAAAAAAAAAAUUGCAAGAUGUAAACUCAGAAUUCUGGGAAAGUUUAUAAUCUUGCAGUUUUGAUUUAUUUAUUUUUCGUCUCAGAAUUAUAAGAAACAUCCCCCUCAGAAUUCUGAGGAGAAAAUAAUUAUUUGUUAUCUCACAGCUCUUUUCUUGCAAUCUGAUCUUUCUUUCCUAAAAACUACGAGAAAAAAGUUAGACUUGUAAGGUAAAAAGUCACAGUUACCUUUUUAUUACUGAGAAACAGAACUGAGAGAAAAAUGAAUUCUGUUUAUAGCUUUUUUUUCUCUCAGAAUUGCAAGAAAAAAAUCUGAAUUGUGAGAUAUAAAGUCGCAAUUACCUUUUUAUUAUUUUAUUCCGUGGCAGAAACGGGCUUCCUUAUCGACCUCCUAAGAUAUAUCGUUAAAUCAAAAUGUUGGAUGAUAAAAACCGAAUGCAAAGCACACUUUGAAUCUUUUAAGCUUUCCUGUAAAUUUACCGCGGUAUGCUAAAGGUGCAUAUUCUGUUCCAUUCAUGUUCAGCUGAUGCAAAGUGUAUUUUAUUUUCAAACGCUGGUUUAAUGUCACUUCUGUCACACUGUGCUUGUACGAGCGCGACCCGGACCAUCUGAAUCCAGCUCCAGGAUUUCAAGGGCAAAAACUCUCUGGGUGCGCUCAGCAGACGGUAGACAUUUGCUAAUGGAUUUCUAUGCAUUGUUUAUAUUUUUGCACUGACUUAAAGAAAAAGAAAGAAAAAAAGCGUUUAAGUUUCUUUUUUUAAUUUAUUAUUUUCCCACAAAGGUGCUACGACGCUGGAGGCCUUCCACACUGUUUUUGCAUGACCUGCUUUGGUAAAGUGUCUUCCUGUAAGCCAAGAGCUCUCUUUAAAUGUCAGAGUUCACAACACUGUUAUUUUGUAAUGUGGGGUUUGGAAAUAAACCACAAAAAUGAAAAGAUUUUGAAUGGCUUAUUUAAUGUUUAUAAAGCUAAUGGUUGCAUCACAUGAGCAUCACUGUGACUACUUUUCAUACUGUAUUUGUAUUAGAGCAAAAAUCUAACCAGCAACAUGAUUAAAAAAAACACUUCGGCAGUCGCAUAGCAAUACCCUGGCAACCAGCCACAACGUCUAAGCAUGUGCAUAGCAACGCAUUACAAUCUACUCAGAGCCAGUGUUGUUAUUGUUAACUAAAGCUAAAGCAUAUAUAUAUAUAUAUAUAUAUAUAUAUAUAUAGCAGUGCAUUCAGAAAGUAUUCAGACCCCCUUCACUUUUUUCAAUUUUGUUAUGUUGCAGCCUGAUAGUACAAUUGUUUAAAUUCAUUUUUUUCUCUCAUUAAUCUACACUCCGCACCUCAUAAUGACAAAGUGAAAACAGAAUUUAGAAGUGAACAUCUAUUUUGUAAUAUACAAUGCUUAUUAUGCAUUAAAAUGUUUGGAAAAGUGCAGUACCCCUCAUUCUUCCUACUAACUCUCACAGUCACUCUGCUGCCGCUCGUAUCCGUCUAUAUUUGUUGCUGGGAUUGUCCGGGUGGGAGGGUUGAAUUCUCUCCAUAGGAACAGAGGCCAAAAAUAGUUUUUAGUGUGGUUUCUAAUUAGAAGUGAUGAGAGUCCCGCCUCGUUAAUUUGCUCCAAUCGCUGCUGUCAGUCGGCCGCACUAGAAUAGCUGUGAUCACAGCGCUGCCGUGUUAUGGACGUAUUAGGCAAAGCCAAGCUCUGACAACUGAAGGAGGGGCUCCGAGGCUUCAUGAGACUCUCUGGAAUCCUCUGCUGUGAACUUUAACUUUGAUGAAGCUCCUAAACAUCCUACAACUCAAACUGACCCAAAUUGGGGCUCGGGUCACAGGAGACAGAUCUGGCACACUGGUUUUCUGGGAGAAAGAAUUGAGACGUUGAUCUGUCAUCCGUGUGUUUUCUUUCCAGGGUUUGUGUCGUGGGAAUUGAAGCAUGUGGCUUUAAUGGCACCCUUGUGGGCGUCUGAUUCAGGGUCAGCUGUCCCACCUUUCACAGUGACAUUUCUAAAGUGUGCCGUGACUGAAUUACACUUAAAAUAUCCUAAUUCGUGGCGUUAUUCUGUUACCUUUUAUAAAACCGAUAAAUAGCGUUUCUGCUGAUGUCAGAAGUGGGAAAAGUUGGCAGUGACAUA